UGAACUUUGGUACUGGUGAGCUCUAAUGAAAAUUGUUUUGUAAACAAAGUAUUGAAUUAGGAAAACAUGCUCCCUCCAUCCACAAUCAAAGAUGCAGCUGUGUUCAUUUAUGGCCACCCAAGAUCAAGGGCAGUUCUGCUGUCAUUGCUUGGAAGUUUGAUGUUAAGCAAAGUUUUGUGCCAAUGCUGGAGGUACUACUCAAAUAAGAACAAACUUAAGUCUAAACAAGCUGAGUUAUCAAAGAAAAGAGCAGUAGUUGAGGCCCAACUACUGAAUAAGGAUGUCCAAUUCUAUGAAGAGAUAUUGAGUAAAACUGCGCCUGAGUUGGUUGAAGCCUUAAAGAAUGGAGACAUGUUCGCUGUUGAUGUCCUCCGUGCCUACCAGUGCAAGGCAUUGGAGCUAACUGACAGCAUUAACUGUGUUGCAGAAUUUAUAACAGAAGCUGAGGAAAAUGCAAAAGCUCUGGAUGCUUUACCUGAUAAAAAGGGUUUGUUGUAUGGAGUGCCAGUCAGCAUCAAGGAGAAUAUUAACAUAGCUGGUUAUGAAUCCACAGGGGGAGUUGAGUGUUUGAUUGGCAGUGUUGCCAAAGAAGAUGCAGUUAUUGUUAAGCUGUUGAGGAAGCAUGGUGCAAUACCCUUUGCAAGAACUAACCUUCCACAGACAAUGUUAAGCUACAGUUGCACAAAUUAUAUUUAUGGAGAAACCACUAACCCCCAAGACAAAACUCGAAGUCCCGGUGGAUCAUCUGGUGGCGAAGCAGCAAUGCUUGGGGGAGGGGGAUCUGUCAUUGGAGUUGGUACUGAUCUUGGUGGGAGUGUCAGAAUUCCAGCUGAUUUCUGUGGAGUUUACUCCCUUAAGCUCACUAGAGGGCGCAUCCAAGGAAAAGGAGUGUUAACAUUUACAAAAGGAAAUUUAGGAAUCCUAGGUGUUUUAGGGCCCAUGGCCAGGGACUUUGACUCCCUUUUAUUACUAAGCCAGGCUUUACUUUCACCAGAGAUGAUUGAAUUAGACAGGUCACUGCCCAACUUGCCCUUUGACCCCCAGGUGUAUGAAAAGAAAACACCACUGCGUAUUGGCUACUACACAUUUGAUGGCGUGCUACAGUGUCAGCCCCCUGUGGUAAGGGCUGUGAUGGAGGCCAAGGCUGCACUAGAGAGCAUGGGCCAUCAGGAGGUGGUUUCCAGUCGGGGGAAUUGUUCCUUCAUGUUUUAA